GUUAUAGUUCACGGUCCUGCUAUAACAAUGCCAGAAGAAGAGCAGCAGGAGAUACAACAAAUCGAAGAAAUAAAAGUCAUUCAAGUUGAAAAUAAACAGCAGGAAACCAAAUCAGAAGAAGGAAUGCAACAACAAGAAGAAGUACAACAGGAACAGGUUCAACAACAGGUGAUUCUUACACGUCAGGAGAAUGUUAUAGAAGAGGACGAAAAUAUUGAAAGACCCGGUGGACUUUACAUCAGACUCGUGCUGAGACAAGAAGGUCGUCCAGAUCUUGUUUGGCUUUACAAAACACACAAGUUUUAGUUUCUUUUAAAUUAGAUAAAAUUUUUUCU